GGAAGAGGGAAUAAGAUGAACUUACCUCUAAAACCUGGACCUGACUUCUGUCGGAUGUAUCUUUUCUUCAAAGACUUCGACAUGUUCACACUCAGGCUGAUACUCUCUUAUCUGCUUUUCAAAGAGGCUCCUGCGCUGUCAGGGAGCUUCUGGCACAUCACGGAUCAGCACUGGGACCCGACAUACAAACUGACAGAUGAUGCUGAACUUGUGUGCGCGUCAAGCGGCAAACGACCUGCAGCCAAUGCGGGGAUGUUUGGAGACUAUGUCUGUGACUCGCCCUGGCACCUUAUUAACUCCUCUGUGUAUGCAAUGAAGGACAUUCUACCAGACCCGGACUUCAUCGUAUGGACAGGCGAUGACACGCCACAUGUGCCCAAUGAGGAUCUGGGAGAAGAGAAAGUGCUCAACAUUAUCAGCAACCUCACCCAUAUUCUCAACCAGGUUUUCCCAAACAUUAAAGUUUACUCUGCCCUGGGCAACCAUGACUACCACCCAAAGAGUCAGCUUCCUGCAGCCUCAAACUACAUGUAUGACCGGAUAGCAGAAAUGUGGCAGGACUGGCUGGAUAUAGAGUCCCAAGAAACAUUUAAGAAAGGUGGAUAUUACACAGAAAAGCUGCUAAAUCGAACAGGCUUCAGGAUGCUGGUGCUCAACACAAACCUCUACUAUGAUCAGAACAAGCUUACCAAUGGUUUGGAGGACCCAGCGGGUCAGUUUAGCUGGGCAGACCAGGUUCUGACAGAGGCUGCCAACAACAAAGAAAAGGUGUACAUCAUCGGCCAUGUUCCUCCAGGUUUCUUUGAGAAGAAGAGAAGUAAACCGUGGUUCACGCCUUCAUUCAACAAGCGAUACGUGGAUUUAAUUCAGAAGCAUCAUUCAGUCAUACUUGGACAGUUCUUUGGCCAUCAUCACACCGAUAGCUUCAGAAUGUUCUACAACUCAGGCUCUCCUAUCAGUACAAUGUUCCUCAGCCCAGGUGUCACACCGUGGAAAACAACACUUCCUGGAGUCGAGGACGGAGCCAACAACCCUGGGAUCCGUGUCUUUGAAUAUGACACCCAAACCCUCCUAGUCAAAGAUGUGGUCACCUAUUACCUUAACCUCACUCAUGCAAACGCAGCCCGGGGACGCUGGGAGAAGGAGUAUCGCCUCACAGAGAGCUUCAGAGUACCAGACGCCUCCCCAGCCUCUAUGCAUCAGGUUCUGGAGCGCAUCGCUGAAGAUGGCUGCUACCUGCAGAAGUACUAUGACUUCAACUCCGUCAGCUAUGACCUGACAAAGUGUGACAGUGACUGCCGUGUUGACCACGUGUGUGCAGCCAGAGAGGUAGACUUUGACAUGUAUAAUAAGUGUCUGGCAGGGGCAGCUGCCAUUUCUGGGGGGUUGCUGCCUGUCCUUUCUGUGGCUUUAAGUCUAGUGUUGGCCAAUCGGUAAAAAAAAAA